AUAACAUCAUCGUCCGCAGUCACUUCAGGUCACGACUAUAUUUUGAACAUGAACCAUGAGGAAAUCAGGAGGAUAACAAGGACAUGCACUGGAGACGCACCGAUUAGUGAUUGGUCCGCCUCCUCACUGAUCGGGACCCAGUUGUCCAAUCGCAGACCAGUCCGCAAAACCACUGGCCAUCCACGCAACCGUACGCCCGUCACGUUGCGCACAUGGAUCGGGUCGAGGUGACCACGCCACACCCUGCAGUCAGACCGAAGCUCGUAGUGGCUGCGCCGGAGGAGCGUCUUGUGUAACAAGCUGUAUCAACCAGCACCGUGCCUUGUUGAAAUGUCCAAUUCGCAGAGGAGGCGGUACAUGGAGCGGCCUCUCAACGACACUGAGGCCGAGAACUAGCUGAGGAGAGUCGGACACCGUUCGUUAACGACAGUGUUUACAUGUUUUUGUUUUUACCGUAGCUGUAGCCACCACUCGGAGGAAUGAGGGGUGUACGCCGGGCUCUUAACAUGGGAUUGUUUUUGCACGCCGUUGGCUCUGUCACCCCCACCGAGUCAACCGAAGACCGGAGCCUGCUGAACUGUGAAGGCGUCAACAACCAGAGCUACAUCUGUGAGUCUGGGCACUGCUGCGGGGAGUCUCAGUGCUGCAGCUACUACUAUGAGCUCUGGUGGUUUUGGUUGGUGUGGGCGAUCAUCUUCAUUUUGAGCUGCUGCUGCGUGUGCCACCACCGCCGCACCAAACAUCGGCUGCAGCAGCAGCAGCGGCAGCAUGAGAUCAACCUCAUAGCGUACCGCGAGGCACACAACUUCCCCUCUGUGCCCUUCUACUUCAGGUUUCUGCCAAACUACCUCCUGCCCGACUAUGAAGAGGUGGUCAACCGACCCCCAACUCCUCCCCCUCCCUAUAGUGCCUUACACACAGGCCCCACCACAGUGGUUUCUAGUCCACUGGCCACCGAGCAGCAGGAGAGACACUGUCCAAUCAUCCAGCCCACUCCAGUGCCCCCGGUCUCUGAAAACCUUUGUUGCAGACCCAGCAUAGAAGAGCCACAGCCACUCACUUUAGACUUGAGGCCAAAGCCUGACAUUAAGCCUGUGCAGAUGGCACAAGAUGCAGGCAUGAUACUGUCAGAUGGGGUCAAUAGGGAGGGACUCUCCAGCCAGGAGAAAAGAAGCGAAAGUGAGGAAGAAUCCUGCAAGGACCCCCUGUUGAAGGAGCUGCCGGAGGGUUGCACUGAGGACAAAGAUCGAGUUCCCAGUGGAAGGAGGAGGCGAAUCACCGGAGACUCUGGGAUUGAGGUGUGUGUAUGCGGCACACGUGGGAGCAGCAGUUGUAGCGGAGUAUUGGGGACAGGACAGGAAGGCAAAGAGCUGAGGGAGCUAGAGAGCCUGCUGGGACGUGAGGGAGAUUACGAAGAGGAGGGGGAGGAGGCUGGCGACUUCUGCGACAGCUGUGGUCAUCGAGCCUCCUUCAGUGUGGAGGAGGAGCCGGCGCUUGGUGGGCCGGAGAGGCGGCCCGCACGUGGGCCGUCCGGGUCUCCUCAGCCGGCUCACCAGAUCAGCAGUGGCUCACUCCACCCUCCCGUGUGCCUCCUCCUUCACACCAUCAAUGAGCAGGAGGGGCCACACCACAGCACCAGCACUGAGCCGCAGGGCUGAAACACACAUCUGACAAACCUUUGUCACCAAUGGAAGGAGAGAGCACUUAGGACAGGAUGUGGAGACAUAUGCUUUUGUGUCCGAGCAAGUGUUUUAUGUCUAAAUGCUUUCUAAAUGAGUAUUUUUAUGAAUGUGUGCAUCUUAGAUAACACAGAUGUGGGAGCAGGAAGUGGAGUCCACCAAAGUGAUUGAGAUCCAAAGGUUGGGAAAGCUGGCUCCUCCCCAUACUGGAAACUGUGGCCUUAACCUGUGUAUGUUGGGUUAUACUUGGGCAGUAAAAGCCUAGGAAUCUGUGGCAACUUCUCAUACUGUACAAUCACACAGUCGUCACACAGACAGUCAGAGACUUGAUAGCUGAAGCUGUGAUGUCAGAACAGGACGUUGGCUGCCAAGGAUGAAUGCAGCUGUCCCUAUCUGGGUGUUUGUUAACUCAUCUGCAAAGCCUUCCUUACGUAAUAAGAGAUAACACAAGUGGAAUUACCACAGUGUGUGUGUGUGUGUGUUUUUGAUGAGAGCUGAUGCUGAACAAGACUGUGUGUCCUGUUAGAUUCAUGCUGCUCAAGUGCUUUUAUAGUGACUUAAAAACCGCUCUGCCUUGUUGUUCAUGGCCUUUAUCUGCCCUGUUAAUGAUAAGAGAAGUGCAUUAACACAUCUUCAUGUGAGCACUUCCUGUUUUGCACAAAAUGUGUUUAUCCUUUCAAAUUAAGCCUUUAGUUAGAGAAAAUCAGAACAUGUUUUUCCAUUAAUCCAAUCUUAAAGGACCUAUUUGAACAUUUUUGCUAUGGCUACAUAGCCAACAUUAGCAUGUACAUGGGCUGUCACAUUUUCCAAAAAUCUGAAAUACUGCCACAUGUCAUUUUCACAGCAAGCUUGAGAAGUGAAUUCAUUCACUGUCUUCAUUUCUGAUGGAUUCUAAGAGCAUGCAAGCCAAGCUGAGCUCACGGCACCCUCUGCUGGACCUCAUGGUAAUUACAUUAGAUGGUGUGAUGGGUACCAUGUUUUUGGUUCUAAGUUUCAGGUUUGACACCCCCCCAAAUAAAAAGUGACAGCUCUAGCUAUGUGCUUUCCUCGAGGGAUGGUUACAAAUACAUCCUUAGACUUUAUUUUACUCUCUGAUAGCGUUCUCCAACAGUGGAAAAGCAAAGCCAAGUUUAACUCUUGAUAUGCUCCUGUUUCUUUCGCUGCUCACGUCCUCAUUGCCUUCUAAUGGUCUGAUUGCAUCUGUUUUUCCCAGAGGAAGUAGCUGCUUAGAGGCCAUAUUUUAACUUCUUGUCUUGUAAAUAAAACAAUAACUAAAAUUCUCACCAAGUGAUAAUCACCACCUGCCUCUCACGGCAAGGAAACUUACAUAUAAGAUAGAUUUCAUUACACGAUUCAUUUCUUAGGGUUUUUGUCACGACAUCUGUCAGAAUUUGCCGCCUGUGAUUUGUUAGUGGGGAGUGCAACACAUUUAUGGACUUAAUGUAAUGAGUGUGUGUGUGUGUGUGUGUGUGUGUAUAGUAUGUGCCUACUCCAAAAAGUGUAGAAUGUUGAACACUGAUAAGCCUCAGUGAAACUGAGGGAUUGUCAGAGAUCAGGUACUAAAAACCAAGAAAAGAAUGUCAAGUGUUAAGAGUUGAAAAAAAACUGGGAUGGACAACUUCAGACCUCAAAACUUAUUGUUGACAGUUGCUUCAAUGGAUCACCAGCGACUAUAGGAUUCACCAUCUUUGUUUUUGUAUCAGCACAUUUUCAGCCAUCCUUUAGAAUCAAUACUCACUGAUUAAAUGCUCCACUAAAGAAAAACAAAAUCAGUUAACUGCAGUUUAACCUUGGGUGAUGGAUACUCCCAGUUCUGUUUUGAUCUUAGAAAGGAAACUAUUACUUUCAUUGUGUUAAUGUAAAAUUAAGCAUUUAACCCCUGCAGGCCAAUUUUAGAACAAAUGAUUUAACUACUACAGCAUAAUGAAAGGGAAGUUGUCCUUUGUCAUGUGUAUCUCCUGGGUAAAAGUACAACAGUAUUUAUUCAGUGAUGCAUUUUCUUCGCGAUUGACCCAAAAAGCAAUAUUUUUGAUUUUGCAGAUUUAAAAACAAACUUUGACAUUAACUCGUCAAAUCCGACAUCCUUAUCCAGACCUUGCAGGAGCUGUAAUACAAUAGGUGUUAGAUGAUGUACAAAAAAAAGAUUACCUAAGAUGUUUUCACACGUUGAUUCUAGUUUUUAAGAUUUUUUUUAUUUGUCCACUCUGAAAUCAACUGGACCUACCGAUUCUACAUGCUGCAGUGUGCGGGAACAUUUUUUUUUUUUUUUUGACAGAUUAUCCUUUUUUUAAUAAAAAAAAAUAAUUUACUCAUUGCAAUGUUCGAAAGCACAACAGUCAUUUAUCGCCGUCACACGAUAAAUACCUUAAAAACAAAUAAGAGAAUGUGUCUCUCAGAAAUGUCUAGCACAAGAUAAAACUGUAACCUGACCUUUGUGUUUUAAUAGUAAGACGACUGAAUUUUACUCAUCGAAGCCUCAACACUCUCUAAAAUGCUUUGUAUGUUGAUGCUUUAUUGUGGAAACUAGACGAUUCAGUUGUUGUACAUGUAGUACAAAGAUGAGCUAUUUUUUAAAUAUCUGCUGAAUCCUUAAAAUGAGUUAAACUGUGUGAAGUGUAAAAAAAACCACUUUAUAUUUGCAAAUUAAUUACAAUGUUCUGUUUUAAUGAAAUCAGUAGCUUUGUUGUUUUAGACAGAUUUUCUUUUGUCAUUAUUAAUAUUGUUAUUAUUAUUGUUAUGUUGAGAAAAGAUGUAACUUCUUUUCCUACAGAUGUGUAAAGGGUACAUUUUGACUAACAACACACUAGUUACUUUGUUAACAAGAUCAGGGGCAUUUUGCCAAAGACACUUUUUCUUUCUUUCUUUCUUCACCGGCGUGUGUGUAAAGGGGUUUUGCACAUAUUCUUUGAAUGUUCUGAUCAUAAGCCAUUUAUUAUAAAUACCAAGGUGGACGUAUGUUGAAUAAACAUACUCUCUGAAAU